UAAAAUAACAUUGCAAAGACUCCAAAAACAGAAAAAUGUUUGCAAUGCAUAGUCUUGAAGCAAGCUAGAGAUACUGCAUUAGCACCAAAUUACCACACCAAUCAUACCAUGAAUAAGAACAGUGGUAGAGCACCUGCCUGAGUUGAGAUACUGCAUCACCACACCACUCAUACCAUGAACAAGAACAGUGGUAGAGCACCUGGCGGAGUUGAGAUACUGCAUCACCACACCAAUCAUACCAUGAACAAGAACAGUGGUAGAGCACCUGGCGGAGUUGAGAUACUGCAUCACCACCAAAUCACCACACCAAUCAUACCAUGUAAGAACAGUAGUAGAGCACCUGAUGGAGUUGAGAUACUGCAUCACCACCAAAUCACCACACCAAUCAUACCAUGUAAGAACAGUGGUAGAGCACCUGACGGAGUUGAGAUACUGCAUCACCACCAAAUCACCACACCAAUCAUACCAUGUAAGAACAGUGGUAGAGCACCUGAUGGAGUUAAGAUACUGCAUCACCAUCAAAUCACCACACCAAUCAUACCAUGAACAAGAACAGUGGUAGAGUACCUGGCGGAGUUGAGAUACUGCAUCACCACCAAAUCACCACACCAAUCAUACCAUGUAAGAACAGUGGUAGAGCACCUGAUGGUGUUGAGAUACUGCAUCACCACCAAAUCACCACACCAAUCAUACCAUGAACAAGAACAGUGGUGGAGCACCUGAUGAGUUGUCAUACUGCAUCACCAUCAAAUCACCACACCAAUCAUACCAUGUAAGAACAGUGGUAGAGCACCUGAUGAGUUGUCAUACUGCAUCACCACCAAAUCACCACACCAAUCAUACCAUGUAAGAACAGUGGUAGAGCACCUGAUGGAGUUGAGAUACUGCAUCACCACCAAAUCACCACACCAAUCAUACCAUGUAAGAACAGUGGUAGAGCACCUGACGGAGUUGAGAUACUGCAUCACGACCAAAUCACCACACCAAUCAUACCAUGUAAGAACAGUGGUAGAGUACCUGAUGGAGUUGAGAUACUGCAUCACCACCAAAUCACCACACCAAUCAUACCAUGUAAGAACAGUGGUAGAGCACCUGACGGAGUUGAGAUACUGCAUCACCACCAAAUCACCACACCAAUCAUACCAUGUAAGAACAGUGGUAGAGCACCUGACGGAGUUGAGAUACUGCAUCACCACCAAAUCACCACACCAAUCAUACCAUGUAAGAACAGUGGUAGAGCACCUGACGGAGUUGAGAUACUGCAUCACCACCAAAUCACCACACCAAUCAUACCAUGUAAGAACAGUGGUAGAGUACCUGAUGGAGUUGAGAUACUGCAUCACCACCAAAUCACCACACCAGUCAUACCAUGUAAGAACAGUGGUAGAGUACCUGAUGGAGUUGAGAUACUGCAUCACCACCAAAUCACCACACCAAUCAUACCAUGUAAGAACAGUGGUAGAGCACCUGAUGGAGUUGAGAUACUGCAUCACCACCAAAUCACCACACCAAUCAUACCAUGUAAGAACAGUGGUAGAGUACCUGAUGGAGUUGAGAUACUGCAUCACCACCAAAUCACCACACCAAUCAUACCAUGUAAGAACAGUGGUAGAGCACCUGACGGAGUUGAGAUACUGCAUCACCACCAAAUCACCACACCAAUCAUACCAUGUAAGAACAGUGGUAGAGCACCUGACGGAGUUGAGAUACUGCAUCACCACCAAAUCACCACGCCUGAGUUGUGAAGGAUUGUAGGACCAACCCGUCUCAGCAAUUCUAUUUUUUUUAUUGCAUCCCGACCAGUGCUCCACAACCUGUUCUUCAGAAGUCAUGGUGUGUACUGGCCUUUCUACGGAACAUUGCUUGUAUAAGAUUGUGUUCUACUAUUAGGUAGGAGUAGCCUAUGUGGUGACACUCCAAAACUACCAGUUAUUGACUUUCUUCUUUACUUCAACUUCGAAAUUAUCAAAUACUGAAAUGAAUAUUAAUUUUAGUUUAAUUUCUAAUAUUUACUCUUACUGGUAAAUAUUAAGUUUAUAUAUGAUUUAAAUCAGAAACUUACACCAUAACUAACUAUAUAUAUAUAUAUAUAUAUAUAUAUAUAUAUAUUUCUCUCUCUCUCUCUCUCUCUCUCUCUCUCUCUCUCUCUCUCU